AUCUUUAAGAAAUGCUGCAUCGCUCGUGGCUGCAAAAGCAAGCAAGGAAUUCGAGAAACUCGACAAAAUUAUUGAGAAUUCAUCUAGAACCCCAUGACUUUCUUUUAAAAUACAAUUUUUUGAGGUUCAAGUCUUGAAUCAAUUAAGUAUUGUUAUUUAGAAAAUUCGAAUUAAUUAAUAUUCUAUUUGGUAUGCUAAAGCAUUCGUUAUACUACUUUGAAAAUGAUGGUUUUCUGAAUUCAUUGUAAUUACAGCGUACCAAAAGUGUCUAUUUUCACUGUGAUAGUUAAAUAUUAAUAAAACAAAUAACAAGUGGUCGCAAAAACAGGCGAGGAGGGCAUAGUCGAAUCCGUCGAAGAAAGUGACUCAUUUUCCCGAGGAGGAGAGAGAAAGUGUCCAGCUAGAAGGCUACACGAUCGGGUCUUCGGUCGAUAGUCUUGCUUGGCUCACAAACGGAAGCGGACCAAGCAGGUGGAUUGCAUGAAAGAAGAAAUCAAAGUGGAAUGAUAACAGCCAAGGGGACGUUUCUGUUCUACGAAUAUUACGUCUACCAUGAAGCGUAAAGGAUCUCUUCAUUUGCAUUCCCUGCUGCUGAUUUUCCAGCUGAGCGUCUGCAUGGGAAUUCCAGGCAAUUUGCAUCCUGUGUCUGUUUCACCGAACGCUUCGAUAACGGAAACAUCCAUAGGACCAUGGGGUGAGAUUUUAGAAAAUUGGAUCGUCUCUGAUUCAAAGAUUUCCAGAACAUCAAAGGUGAUGAAAUUUGGUGACAAAACUUUGACUGUAUCCACUAAAGUUUCAACACCUAACAAACGAGAAGUUUCUGAAACUGAUCUUUACUUGCUCGGCGCGAUAGAGAAGCUCGUCUACAGAGUAGAUUUCCUGGAGAAUCGUCUGAGGAGGGCGGAGGAGCUUCUGUACUAUGUGAUUUCUGGAAACAUUGAGAAAAAAGAAUCUUGCCCCCAGAAUUAUACGAAAAUUGGUCAGAAUUGCUAUCACUUCAGCAGCCGUGAUUUCGACUGGAAGUCCUCGGCGAGCUUGUGUCGAGGCAUGGGUGGUCACUUGAUCGAAUUCGACACGGACGAUGAGAAACGUGAUGUAUUCGCCAGCUUACAAACUAAUUCCAAGCUGAAAGGUAAAACCUUCUGGACGGGAGGAUUGAAUCCGGGUCUUCUGUGGAUCUGGGCAAGUAGCGCUAAGCCAGUUCAUCAAAACACCAAACAGACUGUUCCUGGCGAUGGCAGGUGCUUAAAAUUGUCCUACAAUUCAACGUCCAGAUUAUACUCGUACCAAAGCGACGAUUGUGGGGCGAGACACAGAUACGCUUGCAAAUUAACGGUGGAUGACGAGUCAGUGAACAAAAUCGAAAAAAGUGUACGAAUGUUAAUGAACGGAAAACGUUUGAGCACAAACACCGACUGAAUUACUGUUACUGUAUAAUCAUAUUUAUAUUUAUCAUAUAAAUAUAAACAUAUUUAUUCUUUUUUUGCAAGAAGAUUUCUUACAGGCUACUGAAACUUCUUGCAGAUAAUUUUAAGAUAACUUAAUAUUAUGCAUAAAUAAAACUAUUUCUAUGUUAAGUACCAAUAUCACUUUCAUUUUCCUGAAUACUGUCGUGAUGUAGGUUAAAAUAUAUUGUAUUAAAAUAUAAUGCAUAUACAGUGGUACCUCGGUAUACAACUUUAAUCUGUUCCAGAUGUUUGAACUUAUACCGAAUAGGACGUAUACCAAACCAACCUUUCCCAUAAGAAGUAAUGUAAAAAUGAUUAAUCCGUUCUCAUGUAAAAAAGAAUCCUAUUGAUAUUAUACCUACAUUAAUGGGGUUGUAAAAUAAUUUAAACACUGUUUAUGUC